UGGGUCUCUUGGGACUGCGUCUCCUAAGGGGCCCCAAAAUGUUACACAAUAUGGUUAAGAAAAAGGCUUUAGGGAGGAAAGAGAAGGGUCACAAGAGCUCUCUGGUCAAAGAAAGAGAAAUGCACGAAGCCCCUAAUUUUGCAUCAUCCUAAAGGAAAGCAUUUUGAAGCCAGGACUUUUCUCAUUUAGCCUUAGCUCAGACUGGCCAUGGUCCUUGGUUGGGUGUUUGUGUGAGAAAACAUGGUCACAUCCAAAGCCCCCUCUAUUACCUGCACAGAGCCUUCUGAAGGGCACAUGAUAACUUGCCUGCAUAGUCUUGCACUCACCUGUAAUGGUUGGUUACAUCCUCAUCUUUUGUCUUUCACCUCUUCCUCUGCUCCUUCUCCCCCUUUUUUAAAGAUCCAAUUCAAGCACAUUUUCUUCAAUGACGUGUCUCUGAACACAUAGCAGAAUAAUGAAUCUAGUAACUGCCAUCACUAUGCCAUCUGUGUUCCCUGUUACAAUGCUUCUCCUUCUAUACUGUCAUUCUAUCUCUACCAGACUUUCAUUUCCCUGAGUGUGGGGAUCAUGUCUUUAAUCAAUCUUUCAUUUGUUUAUUCAUUCAGUGACAUGUACCCAGUGCCUAUUGUGUUCAGGGACUGUGCUAGGUGCUGGAGAUACAAUAGUGAGUAAAGACCCACCUGCUUCCUGCUCCCUUGGAGCUCACCAUCUAGCUGGAGAGACAGUCAACCAAACACCCACCACAACAGCUGUGGCAGCUGCCCUGGUGACUGUUAUGAAUGGCAGGCAUAUGGUGCAGUGAUAACCAGCACUAAGGGCAACUGACCAAUACAUGGGGAGGUCAGGGAAGGCUUCCAUGAGUAAGUGAAGUCUUGUGAAGGCUCCUUGAUGGGCUUGGAUCAGUGAGUGAGAGCAGGUGAAAGACAAUGGAAUCAGUGAUCAAUUUAAGUUUUUAAAGUUUAAUUCCACUGAAACUACAAUGUGAAACUUCGCAAUUAGGAAGAAUUAAUAACCAAAAGAAAGCUAAUGAAAAUAAAUCUUUAAUACACUUUUUCCAUUUUUAAUCUUAGUGUUAUUUCUCAGGUGUUUAUUUCUCAAUUGAAAAUCACCAAUACAAAGUUAUUGUACCCUACUUCUACCCCCACAAUAUCCUCACCUCCCCCAACACACACACAGGAGAUUGCUACCUUGUAAGAAGACAGGACAUGUUUAAAUAAAAUAUUUGGGGAAGUCAUUCAAGAUCCAGUAUGAUAAAGUGCUAAAAUUGUGAGGGAGAGAGGAGGUAGGCUUUCACUGAAGAAGAGUGCUCAGUUCAGGCCACAAUAGUCAGGACGACUGCAAGAAUCUAAAGGCUUGAGUUAUACCCUGAAAGCACUGGAUUAUAACAAAAAGAAAAGGAAACUACUAAUGUGUAUUGUGUGCCUCUUACAUUGUAGGCACUGUGCUCGGCAAUAUUUUAUUGUAUUUUGGUCUCACUAUAGUCUUGCAAAGCAUAUCUGCAUAUUUUACAGGUGAGGAAACUCAAACUUGGUUAAUGUUAAUGUUAAAUAUUAAGUUUCCAAUAUUAUCAAAUAUUGUCUUCUCUUUUAGACUUUUCUCUAUUUUUUCAUACUUUAUUUUUAGAGACACACACCAAAUUCAUCAUGAUUGAAGAUAAUAAGGAAAACAAAGACCAUUCCUUAGAAAGGGGAAGAGCAACACUCAUUUUUUCCUUAAAGAAUGAACUUGAAGGACUUAUAAAAGCACUGAAAAUCUUCCAGGAGAAGCGUGUAAACCUGUUACAUAUUGAGUCCCGAAAAUCAAAGAGAAGAAACUCAGAAUUUGAGAUAUUUGUUGACUGUGAUAUCAACAGAGAACAAUUGAAUGAUAUUUUUCAUUUGUUGAAGAUUCAAACUAAUGUUCUCUCUGUGAAUCCACCAGAUAAUUUUACUGUGAAGGAAGAUGGUAUGGAAACUGUUCCUUGGUUUCCAAAGAAGAUUUCUGACCUGGACCAUUGUGCCAACAGAGUUCUAAUGUAUGGAUCUGAACUGGAUGCAGACCAUCCUGGCUUCAAAGACAAUGUCUACCGUAAAAGACGAAAGUAUUUUGCAGACUUGGCUAUGAACUAUAAACAUGGAGACCCUAUUCCUAAGGUUGAAUUUACUGAAGAGGAGAUUAAGACCUGGGGAACCGUGUUCCGAGAGCUCAACAAACUUUACCCAACCCAUGCCUGCAGAGAGUAUCUCAAAAACUUACCUUUGCUUUCUAAAUAUUGUGGAUACCGUGAAGAUAAUAUCCCACAAUUGGAAGAUGUCUCAAACUUUUUAAAAGAGCACACAGGUUUUUCCAUCCGUCCGGUUGCUGGUUAUUUAUCACCGAGAGAUUUCUUAUCAGGUUUAGCCUUUCGAGUUUUUCACUGUACACAGUAUGUGAGACACAGUUCAGAUCCCCUCUAUACACCAGAGCCAGAUACUUGCCAUGAACUCUUAGGCCAUGUUCCACUGCUGGCUGAACCUAGUUUUGCUCAAUUCUCCCAAGAAAUUGGCUUGGCUUCCCUUGGAGCUUCAGAGGAGGCUGUUCAAAAACUGGCAACGUGCUACUUUUUCACUGUGGAGUUCGGUCUGUGUAAACAAGAUGGGCAGCUAAGAGUCUUUGGAGCUGGAUUACUUUCCUCUAUCAGUGAACUCAAACAUGCACUCUCUGGACAUGCCAGUGUAAAGCCCUUUGAUCCCAAGAUUGCCUGCAAACAGGAAUGUGUCAUCACAACUUUUCAGGAUGUCUACUUUAUAUCUGAAAGCUUUGAAGAGGCAAAGGAGAAGAUGAGAGAAUUUACCAAAACAAUUAAGCGUCCAUUUGGAGUGAAGUAUAAUCCAUAUACGCAGAGUAUUCAGAUCUUGAAAGACACCAAGAGCAUAACCAGCGCCAUGAACGAGCUGCAGCAUGAGCUCCAUGUUGUCAGUGACGCCCUUGCUCAGGUCAGCAGGCAGCCGAGCACCUGACUGCUGCCAGUUCUAACCUCAAGAGCAUCUGAGCAUCAGUGUAGAGGCCUGUGGGCCACUUCUUGCUUUUCUUGAAGACCUGGUCGUGAAGGGACAGCAGCCAAACAGUAUUCUCUACUCUUGUUCCUUAAUGGAUUGUUAAUCUGUGAAAAUUUGUACUUGGAUGUUCUAGCCAUCACCAAUUAUUUUCUGUAACAGCUUUAGUGAAAUAUGAUUCAAUAUACCAUGCAAUUCACUGGCCACCCGUUUUUUACAUACAGAAGUUGUGUGAUCCAAUGGGUAGAUCUAGUCCCAGCCUGAUUGUUUUCCCUAAUCCAUCUUGAGUAAAAUGACUUUUAUGAUCACUUAAAACACCUUGCUGGGUAUUAUAGAACUGACCCAUGCUGUUACCUAAGAUCCUCUUAUUUCUAAAGUAUCUUACUUAUAACCAAAUUUUGCUAGGCUUGAUCACAUUUGCACCCCUGAAUUUAAUAGGAGACUAGCUGUCUCUUCUGUUAACAUCAGCAACAGAGGCCUUUGCACAUGAAGCAUACUUAGUACAGAGCAAGUAAUGUAGUUUCAAUUAUAGUGUCUUGUAGGGAAAUAGGAGUAGCUAAAUCAGGAAAGCCUGUGCAGGGUAUAAUCCUUAAGACCAGGCUAAGAAUUUUGGGCUUUAUUUUGCUGGCAGUAGGGAGUCCCUUCCCAAGUGACUAUCCUCCUUGAAACUCUUUCCUUUCUACAGAAUGGCAUGAUGCUGAUGGAAUUUUAGAUUAUCUAUUCUACUCAUGGGGCCAAGGGAACUUGGUUGGGGUACCACAUGCAAGACCCUGUACUCAGACAUGCAGCCAGGUAUCGUGAUGUGAUGGGGUUCUGGUUAGCAGGAGACAGUGAUGUCAAAGGGAGAUUCAAACUGAGACAGAUGAGAGAAGCACAGAGUUAAAGUUGGAAAAGCAGUGCUUAGCACUUCAUUUCCAACCUAUAAGGUGAGACCUAGUAAGGCAAGUUGUAAGGGUAAAGGGUGGGGAAACAGGCAAUAGAACAUAAGAAAGGUCAGGAAGAGUGUUUUAGGACUGACAUUAUAACAAUGCAGGGGUUGCAAGAACUGGUUUUUAUGUGGUGUCAACCAUGUAGUGUAGGGCAUAGGCCUGGGAUAGGCCAGUGAAGUCGGAUUACUGUAUAUAUGCUGUGCCUCUUUAAUUGGCUCCUUUCCUCCUACCACCCACUAAAGGAAGACUUUCCUCAAGUUUCUGAGUUUGGCCCUCCUCUCUGCCAUUUUUCCAUGGGAAAUGCCAUCCACAUCCAUGAUUUCCAUUCUUAUUUCAUAUGACUUCCAUAUUUACUAUUCUGACUCUGACAUAUGUCUUGAAUUUUUGUCUUCUAAGUCCAGCUACAUGCUGGAUAUUUCAAUAUAGAUGUCCCAUAAGCUAGGCCAGUGUGGUACAACUUCUUGUGGCAUCAUUCACAUAGAAUGAAAUGGGGUUGUGUAAUGAGGCAGCCUUGCCACAUAUCUCAAACUCAGUAGGUCCAAAAAGGAACUCAGAGUCACCUAUUACACCCCAUCAGCUUCCUCUCCUAGUGAGCUCACUUCUAUUCAUGGUAUACUAAGAGUCAUAGUUUCAGACAAUUUUUCAUUCUUAAUCACCUACUUAAUUAACUGUGUCCUUUUUUCCCCCACAUCAAUUCCCUAUUAAAUAUUAUUUAUUAAUAUUAUCUAUUAAUUGUAUACCAGUUAAUGUUUUAUUUCAACAGAACUUCAUAAAAAAACUAAGAAAUUUAUUUCAUUUUAUGUUAUACAAGGAAAUAGAAUUGGGAAGAAUAAUUCAUGCUACUUCAGAUUCUUUUAUUUCUUAUAAAUUUUAAUAGCUAGUCAACUAUUAAGUAUACCUUUGAUAGUAGUAGUCUAAGUUAGCUAAUCUAAAAUCAUUAGAAAUUUUGAUUAGCUGGUUUAUAGUUAGUAUAUUUGGUUGCAAGGAAAUCUUUUGCAAGCAAACCAUGAUAAACAGCAAAUUAUGCAUACUGUAUCAGGUUAUUUUUAUACAACUUGAUCAUGGUAAAGAAUCAUAAUUAUUGAAUUUUAAAAUGAUGGUAUUUAUUUUCACUCUAUAACUAAAUCACACUAAAAUAAAUAUUAAGGGUACAACCAUUAUAUUCACAACUUUAGGAUAAUGGAAAUAUUUAAUGAUUGAUUUAAGUUCUUUCUUCUUACUUCUGAAUUUGUAGUAUUUUAUAAAUCAGGAGUCCUGAGAGUCUUAGAAUUUUCAUGCAUUUAAAAUAUGUGUCUUCAAAGCAUCUAGGAUAUGUUAAUAGUUACUGAAAUAUGAGAACAGAAUUGAACCAAAAGGUUGGUUCAUAAUUCUUAAUCAGUGAAUUAAUACUCAAAGACAUAAAUGAUAUUUUUCCUGACUUUUUGAAGAAAGCUCCAAAAACUUGUGGUCAAAAUGCCUACAUUUCUUAACUUCUUAUUUUGUCAUUCAGAAUUAUAUAAUAGUAAUAACAUACCAAAAUGUACAGAAUUAUAGUUAAUUUUUAAGUUGGCUUCCAAAUUGAAAAAGAAAAAGAAACUCUGGAAUUCUCUAAAGGAACAUUAUUAUAAUAGAGUUCACAUAUUUAUUUCUAGGAAAUGUAUAAAGAUUCUGUGGUCUAUUUCAAUCUAGUCUUUGUUUUACUAUAUGAUAUACACUUAGGAUUUGCAAGUUUGUUAUUCAACUGGAUAAUAAAUGGACACAAACUUUUUGUGCUCAAAAAGCAUUUAUUUAUUUUUGUCAAACAUAUUAAAAACAGA